UGCUUCUUAUCUGAGCAAGGAUUAUGAAAGACAGAUGUGGAAAAGAUGCUUAUCUAGUGCCAUUAGUUCAACUCAAUCAUUUCAUUCCAUGUAGAUAUUUUGCUAAGAGAUUUGCAUGUUAAUAUUUUCUUUCAAGUUUAUCUUUCUCAUUUAGGAGUUGCUAACCAAUUGUAAAUUCAUGAUAUAGUGUUUUGCAAAAACCGACUAUGGGAAAGAUAAAUAUCUGAAAGAUGUCUAAACUUGUCUUGAAGUCAAGAAAAAGAUUGGAGCAUUUUCAGCAUCUAGGAAGGUAGUAUUUAUGUUUAUGGAAUUCUAAACUAUGAAAAAUAGUUUAAGGCAUUGUACUUGAGUGGCAAUUCGAUUAAUAAAAAGGAUCUGGAUUGUUUGGGGGAAAUGAGGUUGUUCCUUAUGUUUAAGCAUGAACUAAACUCGUUGGGUGCUAGUAACCAAGAGCUCAGGGAAUAAAAAGGAGGUGUUGGCUUUGAAAUAUCUGAAUAUUAACAUUAUUUUGAUUUGGAGGUAAUGUGACAGUUCUCCUGGGGUAUGACAUACAGUCCAUUUAAAUAAAAAAGAUAAAGUACACUUACAUUGCAUAUCACAACAUUCUUAUGGUAACCUGUAGAUAAUGUUUUUCAUAAAUCUAUUAUCAACUAGAAAUAUUUUAUGUCAUUGGCCAUCUUUAUUCUGAAUAUGCGCUAUAAAGCUCCAAGAGAUAUAUAGAUAUAUUCUCCAUCAUCUGAAGGAGGAAAAUUAUCUGCAUAUCAAAUACUGUGUAUAUUUCAUGGCUCUCAAAAUUUUCCCAUAGCACACGGUGGGACUGUUUUUUCCACGUGGUCUUUUCAGGAGAGAAAACUCCCCUUGGUUCUUCUAGCAUGUGCCUUUCCUCUGACUAGAAAAAGAUCUGUUAACCUCUCAUUACUGGGCUAAUGGCUCUACUAUUGCAUCGCAUCUCUAAGGAACCUUCUUUGGUAGUAAAUUUACUGGAGAAUAGAUGAAUCCCCAACUCAUGAACUGCCUGGUUCCCAGACAACCCAGAGAGUCUGCGGGAGUGCUGAAGCCCAUUGACUUUGCAAAGGUUUCUGGCUGCAAUUUUCUAAAUCGACCCCAGGCGCCGCUGUUGGCCAAUUUGCGGCCAAAGCCGGAGCCGGAGCCCAGGCUCCACCAGGACGAGACUCUGCGCCGCCACAGAAGCGCAGCCCGGGGUGAUUGGGACUUGGGUUUUCUGUCUGGCAAAUCUGGUUGCGAUCAGACGCAUCUGGGUUGCUGGACGCAUCUGGGUUUUCUGCGCGGAGGGAAGGAGCUUGCGAAGCACCAGAGGCUGCAGCCAGUGACGCUGGGGAAGGAUGGAGAACCGGGCGAGACAAUGGAGCCGAGCCCCGUGGCGGCAAGUACUCUUCCCCUUCCUGCUGCCUUUGUUCUGUGCGGGGCUCUCGGAGCAGAUCCGCUAUUCGAUUCCGGAAGAAAUGCCCAGGGGCUCCGUGGUGGGGAACCUCGCUGCGGACCUGGGGCUGCACGCUCGCGAUUUGCUGACUCGCAACCUUCGAGUUAGCGCGGAGAAACAGUACUUCACUGUGAACACCGAGACCGGGGACGUACUCGUGGGCGACAGAAUAGACCGGGAGCUGCUCUGCCCGCAAACCCCUCGGUGUGUGCUGCCCUUAGAGAUUGUAGCAGACAAUCCCCUGAAUGUUUUCCAUGUGAAUGUGGAGAUAAGCGACAUAAACGACAAUCCACCUCGUUUCCCCCAAAGUAGCGUCGUUCUGCAAAUCAACGAGUUUGCGACUCCAGGCGCUCACUUUGGCCUGGAAUCCGCUGUAGAUGCAGAUGUAGGGCUUCACUCGCUCCAGAGUUACCAGCUCAGCGCCAAUGAGCAUUUCUCUGUGACGGUGAAGGACAAGGCGGAAGGCAAGAGUGCCCCAGAAUUAGUGUUGGAGAAGCCCCUGGACAGGGAACAACAGAGCGGCCAUCUCCUGGUCCUCACCGCAGCGGAUGGAGGAGACCCUGUUCUGACCGGCACCACUCAGAUUCAAAUUCAGGUCACGGAUGCCAAUGAUAACCCUCCUGUUUUCAGCCAACCUGUGUACAGAGUCCGCCUCCGGGAAAACAUGCCACCGGGCACCUCGGUGCUAAAGGUGACAGCCACGGACCAGGACGAGGGCAUCAACGCAGAGAUCACCUAUGCCUUUAAAUCCCUGGGAGAGGACAUUGGAAAUAAAUUUACGCUAGAUCAUCGAAAUGGGGAAAUUACAUCUAAAGACUCUGUAGACUUCGAAUCCAGGAGCAGUUAUACCAUGAGCAUAGAGGCUAAAGACGGUGGAGGCCUGGCCACGGAAUGUGAAAUUAUACUAGACAUUCUGGAUGAGAACGACAAUGCCCCAGACCUUGUUUUCACCUCCGUGUCCAGUGCCAUAGCAGAGGACGCUGCAGUUGGAAGCGUGGUUGCACUGUUCAAAACACAUGACAAAGACUCGGGGGAAAAUGGGGAGGUCACGUGUCUCAUAAAAGAAAAAGUCCCUUUUAGGAUUGAACCAUCCGCUAGUAAUUACUACAAGCUCGUAACCGAUGGGACUCUGGACCGGGAAGAGACCCCAGAGUACAAUGUCACCAUCAUGGCCACCGACAGGGGGAAGCCGCCCCUCUCCACCGAGACAUCCAUCACCCUGCAGCUAUCCGACGUGAACGACAACGCGCCGGCUUUCCAGCAGGCCUCCUACGUGGUGCACGUGGCCGAGAACAACCCUCCCGGAGCCUCCAUCGCGCAAGUCAGCGCCUGCGACCCGGACGCGGGGCGCAACGGCCAAGUGUCCUACUCGAUCGUGGCCAGCGACCUGGAGGCGCGCGCGCUGGCGUCCUACGUGUCGGUGAGCGCGCACAGCGGGGCGGUGUUCGCGCAGCGCGCCCUGGACCACGAGCAGCUGCGCUCCUUCCGGCUCACGGUGCAGGCGCGCGACCAGGGCGCGCCCCCCGCGGCGGCCAACGCCAGCCUGCGCGUGCUGGUGGGCGACCGCAACGACAACGCGCCGCGCGUGCUCUACCCCGCGCCGGAGCCCGACGGCUCGGCGCCCCUGCACACGGUGCCGCGCGCCGCCGAGCCCGGCUCCCUGGUCACCAAGGUGGUGGCGGUGGACGCCGACUCGGGACACAACGCCUGGCUGUCCUACCACGUGCUGCAGGCCAGCGAGCCCGGCCUCUUCAGCCUGGGGCUGCGCUCGGGCGAGGUGCGCACCGCCCGCGCCCUGGCCGACAGGGACGCGGCCCGCCAGCGCCUGGUGGUGGCCGUGCGCGACGGGGGCCAGCCGCCCCUCUCGGCCACCGCCACGCUGCACCUGGUGUUUGCCGACAGCCUGCAGGAGGUGCCGCCGGACUUCACCGACCACCCUUUGCCCCCCGACCCCCAGGCCGAGCUGCAGUUUUACUUGGUCGUCGCCUUGGCCUUGAUCUCCGUGCUCUUCCUGCUCGCCUUGGUCCUGGCCAUCGCCCUGCGCCUGCGACACUCCCGCAGUCCAGCUUCCUGGGGCUGCUUGCAGCCUGGUCUCUGUUCUAAGUCUAGACCAGGGGUUUCGCUCAACUACAACGAAGGGACUCUACCUUAUUCCUACAAUGUGUGCGUCGCCUCCGAUUCUCAAAACACCAAGUUUAAUUUUCUCACCAUGACGCCAGAAAUGGUCCCGGCACAAGAUCUUUCUAAGGAACCUUCUUUGACAGUAAGUGUCACCGAGUAACAAAAUGAUCUCAAACGUUGUUGCUUCUUUCUACUCUCGUGAGUUUCAUUGUCUUUAACUUGAAAAUGGUAUGGUUUAAUUUUCAAACCGAUGUGUUGGCAAGAAAAUCUUAGGUAGAUUAUAUCUACUAUUGCUUCAUGUUUGCUUGCUCACUUUUAAUAUUUUCCUCAGUUUUCUCCUUAGGCCAGUAACGAUUAGCUUUUCGAGUUGGGGCUUUUUGGUUUGUUUCUUUGUUUUUUGUUUGCCAGUCCU